AAGGCCUGCUCUAUAAAAGGCAUUGAGGGAGUAGGGUUUUAGUUCAGUGUUUCUGUUCGGGUCUUCACUCGCCGCAGCAGGAGCAGCGUCAGGAGAAGGAUGUCUCACAGGAAGUUCGAACACCCACGACACGGUUCUCUGGGAUUCCUCCCCAGGAAGCGUGCGGCUCGUCACAGGGGAAAAGUGAAGGCUUUCCCCAAGGAUGACCCAAGCAAGGCACCCAAGCUCACUGCAUUCUUGGGUUAUAAGGCUGGUAUGACUCACAUUGUUAGAGAGGUCGAGAAGCCAGGGUCAAAGCUUCACAAGAAGGAAACUUGUGAGCCUGUUACAAUUAUUGAGACCCCUCCAAUGGUUAUUGUUGGUGUUGUGGGUUAUGUGAAAACUCCCCGUGGCCUUCGAACAUUGAACACUGUAUGGGCUCAGCAUUUGAGUGAGGAAGUGAAACGUAGGUUCUAUAAGAACUGGUGCAAGUCCAAGAAGAAGGCUUUCACCAAGUACUCAAAGCAGUAUGAAUCUGAGGAAGGAAAAAAAAACGUUGAGGCCCAGCUGGAGAAACUCAAGAAGUAUGCUACUGUGGUCCGUGUUUUGGCUCACACUCAGAUCAGGAAAAUGAAAGGUUUGAAGCAAAAGAAAGCCCAUCUCAUGGAAAUUCAGGUUAAUGGUGGGACUAUUGCACAGAAGGUGGACUUUGCGUACAGUUUCUUUGAGAAGCAGGUUCCUGUUGAUGCUGUUUUCCAGAAGGAUGAGAUGAUUGACAUCAUCGGAGUGACAAAGGGUAAGGGUUAUGAAGGUGUUGUAACUCGUUGGGGUGUUACACGCCUUCCCCGUAAGACUCACAGGGGUUUGAGGAAGGUGGCAUGUAUUGGUGCCUGGCAUCCUGCUAGAGUUUCCUUCACUGUUGCCAGGGCUGGUCAGAAUGGUUAUCACCACCGAACUGAGUUGAACAAGAAGGUUUACAAGCUCGGCAAAGCUGGAGAUGAGUCUCACACUGCUCUGACAGAGUUUGACAGGACUGAGAAAGACAUUACGCCAAUGGGUGGUUUCCCACACUAUGGUAUUGUGAACCAUGAUUAUAUCAUGGUCAAGGGAUGCUGUGUUGGUCCCAAGAAGAGGGUGAUCACUUUGCGCCAAUCGCUUCUUAAGCAGACUUCUCGUGUUGCUCUGGAGGAGAUCAAACUCAAGUUUAUCGACACCUCUUCAAAGUUUGGGCAUGGACGUUUCCAGACAACGCAGGAGAAGCAGAAGUUCUUUGGACGCCUCAAAGCAUAAUUAUGCUUUUUGGAUGGAAAUGCUGGAACGUACUUUUAGAAUUAUAUUUGGUUAUUAUAUCUUUUAAACUUGUAGUGUUUAUGAUUUGACAAUAUGGAUCCUCCAGUUGAGUAUUUUUCCAUAAUUUUGCUGAACUUUUGUUUCAAGGGAGUUUUAUCUUUUUCGAAAUUUGAAAUUUUGUUUAUGAUAUUA